CAGGGUUGCAGGGAUUAGUUUCCAUUUGAUAAAACCAAAAAUUGUACAUGUGAGAUUGUUUAAGGGUAUAAUAAUUACAUAAUUCAUUAUUCUAAAUAAGCAUUACUAAAAGCCAUAUGAUUUUGUCUUUAAAAAUUAUUUGCUAUGUAGUGACCUUUAAUUUUGAGUAGAAACAGGUGGAUUGACUUUAUUGCUUCAGACAUGUGUCACUUUGCUCACUGCUGAUUGGUCCAAGUUCGUUUUGGAAAGAGAACAUGAGCCCUGUUUAGUUUAAAAGAGAACAUUUACAAAAAAGUGAGAAUGAUAAUUUAGUAGGCUAUUUGAAACUAUUUAGUUUCUGCCAAACUAAUUUAUUCAAAAAAUGGCAAAAUUCAAGUCUAAUUUAUCUCUAUCAUGUUUCAACCUGUCCUGUAAGAUGAAGAGACCAAAAAAUGUCUGUAAAAACAAGCAACAUUUACAAGCAAAACAAGUGCUGUUUUCCCAUCUAUGAGCAUGAUCGCAUUAUGAAAUUAAUGUUAUGUUAAACAAGUUUUUAUUGGGUAACUUUUUAAUUUUAGGCACAAAAAAUUAUUUCUGUUGAUAAUAAUAAGGUUUGAUUAACCCAGUUCAGGUAUCCGUAUGUGAAAUGUGAUUUGCGGCCCCUUUAAGAAACAUGACACUCUGCGCACAGAGGAUGCGCAGAAUAUGAAGAACAACCGCACCAUAAGCACUCGCGGUCUUUUUCUGAGUCCGCAUUUUCGUCAAUAACGACACUUUGAUUAUCAAGAAGAAGUCAAGGCAAACGUGAUUAUCGCACUAUUCUGAGACUUUAAAAGAGACUUUAAAAGGGACAAUACGGACACGCGGCAGCCAUUGUAAGUCCACAAGACCGAACAUGAAGCAUAGAUGAGUGGGACAGGACCAGAGACGAGCUGAAGAUUUCACCAGUUAAGGCUGAAAUUGACUCUGUUAACGAUCGUGAAUGAAGGAGAAAUGUGGAAUAUUUUCUUCGGAUGCCGUAUUUCCAGUCUGCAGCUAGCUGAUGUCCAUCCCACAAUUCACCAAUAAAUACUGGGAAUAUUCCCAUCAUCCUACAAGAGAAGGACAAACUCCAGGAGUAGCAGCUGAAAUCUGUGUGACUGUUAAAGAUGGAGUUUAUUAAAGAGGAGAUUGAAGACAUGAGUUAUCCAGAACCUUCAAGAAUAAAACAAGAAGAUACCGAGGAACCAACAGACCAGAUGGAAGUGAAACAAGUAUUAUAUGAAGUAAAGAAACACUGUGACUUCAAAACUCAAGAAUCAAAUCCCAAAAAGCUGCACUCCUGCUCACUGUGUGGAAAGAGUUUCCUAUAUGUAUCUGGACUCAGAAAUCAUCUGCGUGUUCACUCUGGAGAAAAACUAUUUAACUGUAUUGAGUGUGGAAAGAGUUUCACACAAAAAGGAAAUCUUAAAAGACACAUGAGACUUCACACUGGAGAAAAAAAGUAUUCAUGCACUCAAUGUGGAAAGAGUUUUUCUCAAGCAUUGAGUCUCAGUAUUCAUCUGCUCCAUCACUCUGGAGAAAAACCAUUUAACUGUGAUCAGUGUGGGAAAGACUUUAUUUCAUCAUCAAAUCUACAACAACACCUGAAAGUUCAUUCAGUUGAGAGGCCCUAUGUGUGUGCUCUCUGUGGAAAGAGUUUUGCAUGGCUGAACAGUUUUAAACAGCACCAAAAAAUACAUAGUAAUGUGAGAGAUCAUGUGUGUUGUGACUGUGGGAAGAGCUUUACUAGAGUUGAGCAUCUGAAACAGCACCAGAGGAUUCACAAUGGAGAAAGACCUUACAAGUGCUCAUACUGUCUUAAGAGUUUCACUCAGUCCGGACACCUGAAAUUACACGAGCGAAUUCAUACUGGAGAGAAGCCGUACCACUGUUCUCAGUGUGAGAAGAGUUUUACGUCAUCUAGUCGUCUGAAAUGGCACAAAACAAUUCAUACUGGGGAAUGAUCUUACAAGUGCUCAUAUUGUGACAAGAGAUUCACUUGUUCAGGAAAUCUGAAAUCACACGAGCGACUUCAUACUGGAGAGAAACUGUACUUCUUUUAUCAGUUUUAGACCUUCAUUAAGCCUUCAAACACAUGAAAAAUUGUUGCAAGUGAGCAGUAAUGGUUUUUAUGUAAAAUAAAUUUAAUUCUCUGAGAUAAAAUACGUGUAGGUAGUAAAAGUCUACAUUUGAUGUUGAAGUAACCGAAGCUUCAGCUUCUGAAGUGUAAAUAAUUAUUGUUUCUUUCCUAGUGUUUAGUUUGCAAAAAAAAAAAAAAAAAACUGUAAGGAUGGGUCG